AUGUCGUCAAAAAAGCCAAAUAAUAGCAAAUCUGCGGCCAAUAAGAGCUCGAAAAGGGCACAGAGUUUAGCGGCCGAUAACCGGAACGGCUCUCUUAGAAGUGCCGAUUACGACGAGCUCAGCACAGAUGGGCUCAAACCCGAGCCCUUAGACCCCGAAAAGUACGAGACCUUCAGACGUAUUGCCAGCGCUGAAGAGAGCGAAGAAUUAGACACGUUUUACAACGCGUCGAGCGAUGAGGGCUAUGACAUGACCCACGAGACCGGUAAUGAUCUCUCGGCAAUGGAUCCCAUAAGACGUGAACAAAUACAGGAGGAAUGGAGGCUAGAGUUGGCCAAAACUGAAGAGGAGAUCCAAACGCUGCGACAGGUGUUGACAUCGAAAGUGCAGAGAUCUCACGAACUGAAGAGAAAGCUGGGGAUCACUGUUUGGAAGGAGUUCCGGGAAGACAUGGAACAGGGCAUCAAAAACAUUCAGGAGACCACAGCAUAUAAAGAUACGUCCGAUAAGUUGGUCGAAUGGAAUAACGCGGUACAAAGUGCCCCCAUCUCAGGAUUGGGCCUAUUCUCAGCCCCGGCUUAUCAGAAGACGUCUGAAGCGAUGAAGUCGGCCACAGAGAAGACCACUUCAGUGUUUGGAUCGUUUGGCGGAAGUGUUUCCCGAAAGUUGGGUGAAGUGAAGAACUCCAAUGCCUUCAAGUCCUUCGAGGAAAGGGUCGGCUCAGCCGUCACUACUGUUAAGAGCAAAAUGUCGACCUCUCGGAGCAAUAGCACCAAUAGUUUCGAAGACGCGCUCAACAGUACUGAACGCAAGUCCUCUUUGAACGCCACGACACCAAUCACUUCGCCAACUAUUCCUGAGGACAGACCCAUCUCUUAA